AGACACUGAUUGGGUAACUGGAUUCCCCUGAGAAUUCACAGUGGGAGGUUUUAUAUUGCUGCUAUAAACCUCAAGUCAGAUUCAGGUCUCCCUGCAGAGCAGAGUGGACUUAGUGAGAGGACUCUUAACUGACCAAAUACACAGUCAAACACAGGAGCUACUACAUUAUUAUGCUUUAAUAUCUGCUGAAGAGGACGUCAGUAUAUGUGGAGGUGAAACCAGUUUGAAGUUUCCCUGAUGGCUCCUUCCAGCCGGUUGGUCCUGCUGCUGCAGCUCCUCAGCUGGAUAUCAGCUGGCCUGGCCUGUUUCUGUGACCGCUACCCCUGGGGAUCCUGGUCCGCCUGCUCCAGGACCUGCAACCAAGGCACACAGCACAGAAGCAGGAAUUUUAAUUAUGAUGAUUAUUACUGGAAGAGCAGCUGCCUUCAGCUGUGCGAGAAACAUGACAGGAAAGCUUGUAACGAUCAGGCCUGUCCAAUCAACUGCCUGCUGACAGAGUUCGGGACCUGGUCCGACUGCUCGCCCUGCGCCAGGAAACAGCUUCGGACACGGUCUGUCCAAAGGCCGUCCCAGUUCGGUGGAUCGGCCUGCAGCGUGGAGCUGACAGAGGAGAGAGCCUGUUACCCGUCCACAGAGUGCAUGUUAGCGCCCAUCGACUGCAGAGACGACUUUAAGUGUGAUAAUGGGCGCUGCAUCAACUCAACGUUAACGUGCAACAGACAGAACGACUGUGUAGAUAACUCUGAUGAGAGGGACUGUGGCGAAUUAAAAAUUGUGUGUCCAGCGGAGAAGAGAGUGGCUCCCGGGGCUGACCUGGUGGGGAAUGGGUUUGAUGCUCUAGCAGAGGAGCCAAGGGGAGCGGUACUGGACAACAUGUUUAUGGGAGGAAGUUGCAUCAUCAGGAGGCCUCCGACCACGCAGCUCUACCACCGCAUCCCUCACAACUUUCAGAGCUUUGACAUUAAGGUUGGAGAGGUACAGGACUUCAGCAUCGACCCUCAGCCGCUGCUCACCGAGCCCAUCAACGUGAAGACGUCCAGGUCGUCUACAAACAGCCAACAAUCUCAAAACGUCAAUUCCUUUUUCAUCUUUUGGCUCAGUGGGAGAUCGAUGAAGCAAACCAGCUCUAACAAUGAAGCUUUUGAAGCUUCGAAGAAAAAGGACUCCAAGUUUAUCCGGGUGCACCAGGUUCUGCCUGUAUCCACGUUCAAGGUGAGGGACCCGGGGGAACUCGUCCUGUCGCAGCCUUUCCUCCAGUUCCUUCACGCUCUUCCUCUCGAGUACAACUACGCCCUCUACAGGGACAUCUUCCAGCGCUUCGGAACGCACUACUACAGCUCAGGGAAACUGGGAGGCCACUAUGACCUGUUGUACCAGUUCAGCCGAGAGGAGCUCAUCAGUUCAGGUGAAACAGAAGAGCGAACCAGAGACUGCCUGAGCCGAGAGACCACCUGGACCUGCAUCGUCUACACCGAACACAGCAGUGUAACCCGAUGCUCCAACAACAGGAUGACUGAGAAAUAUGAAGGCUCGUACAUCCAGUCAGCAGAGAAGUCCUUCUCCAUGGUGAGAGGAGGUCGAGCCAGAGAGGCAGCAGCUCUGGCCUGGGAGAGGCAGGGCGCCACUCCGAACAAAAUAUCCUACAAGAACUGGGCCAAGUCUGUUCUCGACAACCCUGCUGUGGUCGAAUACAAGCUGCUUCCCAUCAUAAACCUGGUUCGGGGGAUCCCAUGUGCUGCCACGAAGAGGAGACACCUGAUGAAGGCCCUGCUGCAGUACCUGGAGGAGUUUGAUACCUGCAAGUGCUCUCCGUGCCCCAACAACGCCAGGCCGGUUCUCUCUGGCACAGAGUGCAAGUGUGUUUGCCAAACCGGCACAUUUGGCCCAAACUGUGAGAUACGAGCUCCUGAUUACACUUCAGAGGCGGUGGAUGGUUAUUGGAGCUGCUGGGGUCCGUGGACUCGCUGUGGAGCCUCAAUGAAGAGACAUCGGAGGAGGCAGUGUGAUAACCCCGCCCCCCUAAGAAGAGGCCAACCCUGCAACGGUCCUGACAGACAAGAGGAUCCGUGUCACAUCUCCCUCUUUGAAAAACAGGAGACCUGUGACAAUGAUGACGACUUCACUAUGGGCUGGAGGGACGAGCUUCCUCCUGGUGUGCAGGGCUGUCUGAGGCCAAAGAGGCCCGCCAACAGCUUCCUCAGGAAAGCAAAGCAGUAUUAUAACUUUGGUGAGGAUGAGGAGUUCCAGUGCUUCACUGGGUUUGACCUGGAGGGUUUUCAGUUCAUCAACUGUCUUCCUGAUGGGACGUGGAGUCAACCAUCUGGAAGUUGCAUCAGGAAACUGUGCCUUCCUCCUGAGAUCCCCGAUGGCAUGGUGCUGUUCCCCAUCAAAGACGAGUACAAAGUGGGGGAAUCGGUGGGUUUGAACUGUAACGAGAUGGGCCUGCUGCCGCUGCCAUCAGGCUUCUACAAAUGCGGCGACAGUCUCACCUGGGAGCCUCCAUUACCUGCUGACUUACGCUGCACCGAUGAGGUACCGUUUGUUCCUGAUGAACAGUGUGGUCCAGGACAGAAACGGCAUGACUCUCAGUGUGUCUGUAUUCAACGGGAGAGCUGCCUAUCACAACCGGAGACCCUCUGCAUCUUGAACGUAGACAUCGGUGUCACCGUGUCGAUGUCCCUCUGCUCCUUCCACGCCGGUCGCUGCCACGGUGAUCCCCUCUUCUUUGUCAGCGAGGGCGAGUGUGAUGCGGCCGACUUGUCCAAACUAGAGUGGGCCAAGUUCAGAGCCAACAUGUCCUCCAAGAGCUCUGUUCAGGAGCCCUGUGAUCUGGACACUUGUUAUGAAUGGGAGACCUGUUCUGCAUCUAAGAAGUGUGUGUGCAGAGUUGCUCGGGACUGCCCCAGAGCUGGAGUGCACACGUUCUGCGUGAAGCUGACCAGGACCCAGAGGACUCGCAGCAUGGACCUGUGCUCUAUGGCCGCUCUCAAAUGUGUCAACUAUCAGUUUGAGAUCGUCAAUGAAGGCGUUUGUGAGGCCAGAUGAUCCUACAAAAGCUUUUCUGUGCCGUUGCACUCAACCUUUGAAUUCAUCUUACAUCUGACGUUAGCACAUCUUGCACUGCUAUUCUUGAAAUAUGUAUAAAUAUUCAAUUCAGAACCAAAGGCGCACCUAACUGGAACGAUGGGAAGGCAAAAAGCAUUUCUAAAUUGGGCUUAAAUAGGUGUUUUGGUAUGCAAUUCUUUGCUUAGGUUGGCUGCAUUUUACUUUCAGAGCCUAUUUUCUGCAAAGGCACUAGAUGGCAGCAGGAGACCCUGGAGUAUCAUCGGAUUUUCACCAAAUUUGGUAUAGGGAAUGUGGGGUACAUAUGGGAUGUGCAUUCCAUAUAUUGAAAUAUGUGUGAUAGCGACACCUAUUGUUAGAUAUCCCCCGAGUUAGUAUGAAAUCAAAUUUGCUAACAUUUCAGCCGGUUAUCAGGUCAUUAUCAUUCUGUUGACCUGAUCUGACCCUCUUUUGAAAGAUGGAAAAGGCCAUAGUCAGUCAGUCAGUCAGUCAAGUCUAAUAACAGGCACAGAGUGGAAUAUUAACACUUGCUUAAUGUGCUUCAUGUGCAAUAAUAAAAACAUAAAAUCAAAAAACAAUGUUAUUUUAUUUCUUAUGGAGAUUUUAACUGCACAUCUUGCUCACUGUUUAAGCAUGUAACCAACAGCAUUUAGUGUUUCAACCCCACAUCAGAAUAUUUUUAUAAUGUGACCAAGAGAUAUCCAGAUACUCAAGACCCAAACUAAACUAAACUAGUGAUUGUAUUUACAGUAACUCAAAUAAAAUGAGAAAGACUUCUUCCUUUGAUUAAAUAACAUCAAAAAUGCCCAAAUUCAUUUAUGUCAUUGAGUCCUUAGGUUGGAAUAUUAUCACUGAACUGGCAGAUUUAACUUGUAUUGGGAAAAUAAAACAACCAAGAGAACAAAAAAA